AUGAAGAUCUCAAACAGUGAGAGAGAAUAUUGUGACGCAAAGACUGCUAGCUAUGUACUUAGUAAUGCUCCUGGGCAGGACGUCUCAGCAUCAAGUACUGGAUCAGUUCCUCACGACCCCAAGGCUAUUACUGGAGAUGCAGAUGAGUGCUUCCCGGUCAAAGAAAUAACUCAAGAUGAGAAGAAACAGCAACAAGCUUGCGAAAAUCAUGAAGAAAUCCAGGCGAUUGAUGCAAAGAUAUGA